ACCCUACCUCCGCUCCGAUACCGGCUUGUAGUUGUACAUGGUCAUGCUUUUGAUAUUUUUUCAUAAUAGGUAAUUUAUCCUUUCAGGAGUCAACAUGUCGAAAGUACUUCGCUAUGUUAUGUCCAUUGGUAUUAUGGGAGGAAGUCUCCUUGGUGGAUGGGUCUUGAUGAACACUAUCACUCCAGAUCCUGAAGAAUUAUUGAAGCGUCUCCCGGAAGCAGAUCCAGUAAAAAUGGCCGAGUCAAAGCAAAGGACGAAAGAACUCGUAGCAGCACUGAAAGCAGCAGCAGAAAGCCCCCAUCCUAUAUACAAAGAUAUAAAGCGGGAAUGAGAGAAUAGUUAAUGAACUGGUACUCAAAGACAACUGCCGUCUCUAAUGCAGAGAAUUGAGAAGUGAGCAUGGAAGAUCAAAAUAUGAUUGGUAGCUUCAGGCUCAGCGCAUUACAGGAAUCUGUGUCUUUUGCGAUAUACUCCAGGGAAUGAACGUCACUGUUUCUCGCCACUCGCCAGCCAUGUGACAUGUUGAGUUAAAUCUCCUUGUACGUUAUUCAGCAUUUAUGGGCAUUUUAUGGGCAUUUUAUGUCCGAUGUGACUUAGUUACAUAAUUUUGAUGAUGAAUAAACCUUGACUCCACAAUUACUAUUUUUCAAUGAGAAGAUUCAAGGCUUUAUGUAGGGUCUGUUCUGUUGUAUGCAUGGG